AUAAAAUGCUUACUGUGGAUGGAGUCUAAUGCACUGUGUAAAUAAUUUGACGCAUAUAAAUUAUAAAUUUUAAACGGAAAAUCUCUAGAUGAGAUGCGCUAUUCAUGCAUAUGUUAAUCGUUAAGUGUUUGUACCUAUAGUACAUACCUAAAAAUUAUAUGGUCCCUUCCUCGACGAGAUGCGUAAGUAUACGGCCUCUAUCGUACUAUUAACAAUCAAUGGCCGGCCGACCGAACGGUUCGGUUAGUAUCAGAGUUAUAGAUAGAACUGUUAUCAAUGAUAUCCAUCCACUGACUGUGAAUCACGGAUCGUGGUUAGUAUCGUCAGUACACUCAAGUGGUUAGGACGUAGUUAAUCCUCGUGUAUGUGGUGCUCAUUAUAAAUAAAUAUUUAAAUCAUGAGUGCUGGCAGGUUUGAUAACUUUAGCGCACACAAUCCGAUAGUGUUCGAUGUGGGAUCUCAUUCAAUACGUUUUGGGUACUCUGAGAGCAAUUCACCAAGUUCGGAUAUACCAGCAGUGAUCGGUAGCUUGUUGGAUGGCACGGAGUCGACCGCACGUAAUGAUCGUAUCAAAGAGGAUUUAACGUAUUAUGUGGACACCAACACUUUGUGUGUCCCGCGUGAAGGCAUGGAACUUAAAAACUUUAUGAAAAAAGGCAUGAUUGAAGAUUGGGAUGCUUUUGAAUACCUAAUGGAUUAUGCUUAUUCAAAAUGUUUAUUCACUGAUCCUAAGCAUCAUCCUGUUUUAUUUACUGAAGCACCAUUUAAUUUAAAACAAAAAAGAGAGAAACUUUUGGAGUUAAUGUUUGAAAAAUACAAAGUGCCAGGAAUUAUAAUUUGCAAGAACGCUGCAGCAGCAGCUUUUUCUUGUAGCAUCCCAACAGGUGUUAUUGUUGAUAGUGGUGCUACACAUACAUCUGUCAUCCCAAUACAUCAAGGAUAUGUAAUGUGUAAUGCUAUUGUCAGUACUUCAAUGGGAGGAGAUAAAAUGCUAAAAAGAUGUGACGAGUACUUAGAUAAAAAUAAAAUUGAUAUUAUUCCACAUUACCUUGUUGCUAAAAAACAAAGAGUAAAAGCAAGAGAAGUACCAAUAUGGUCUAUGAAAAAUACACUCCCUAAAGUAACUGAUGCUUGGCAUAACUACAUGCGUAAAUCAGUUCUUGAAGACUUUCAGCAUACCGUUUUAGAAGUAGCUGAAAAUCCACUUGAUAAUGAUGUAUUAUUAAACUAUCCAACUUGUCAUUAUGAGUUUCCUAAUGGAUACAAUCAGAUAUUUGGCGAUGAAAGGUUUAAAAUACCUGAAGUCUUAUUCAAUCCUGAUAAUGAACAUAAAACUUGGUUAGGCCUAAGUCAACUUGUUCACCUCUCUGUAUCAAUGUGUAAAAGAAACUUGAGAAAUGUAUUAUAUGACAAUAUUAUACUUACUGGUGGAAAUUCUUUGAUAAAAGGUUUUGCACGGAGAUUAUACUGUGAUAUUGCUACGGAUUUAAAACAUACAAGAUUUAAAUUAACUGCACCUGUCAAUUCAAUUAAUAGAAGAUUUGGGGCAUGGAUUGGUGGCUCAUUAUUUGGUAUAACUGAUAAAUUUAAUCAUUUGUGGCUUAGCAGCAGUGAUUAUCAUGAAAGUGGCACAGAUCAGAUUAAUGUUAAUUAUCGUUAUAUGUAAUAUAUUUUUUUUUAUGUACACAGUGAAAACUCCCUUAAUGGACACCUUUAAAUAGCAGACAUAUUCUAAUAAUGGACAAUUUUUUGGGAAAGGGGACAUUUUUACUACUUAUUUAUAGGAAAACCUCUACAUAUCAAACACUCUAAAUAAGUGACACUUUUAGUGCUAGAUUUUGAUUAUUUUUAUCGUAAUUGUCUGAUAAGCUUAUCUUAUUGCAAUGUACAUUGCACAUUAAACAAAUAAAGAUGGGUUUUGUUGGCAGUAAAGGGCAUAAUAAAUUGCUUCUAUUGAGAUACAUAAUACUUCAUUGUUCUCCACCCUGUGAAAUAAAUAAUAACUUGACAUAUAAAUUGAGACUACAUGUUAAAUCCUUAAACAGGCUAAAGUAACUGAUUCUUUUUCUUAUAUAUUAGUUUUUUACCUUUAAUUACUUUUUCAUGAUUUAAAUAAUAAGUACAAAAGUACAAAUGACAUGCAAUUAAAUAAUUUUAAAUAUUUAUAAACAUACAAAAUAAUACAAAUAUAUAAGUACAAUUUUUUUUUAUAAUGUACAUUUUUUCAUUAAAUUCCUCCCCUUUCCUCACUCUAAAUAGCGGACAAAAUUUCGGCAACCAAGAAUUCUGGUAUUUAGAGAUUUCACUGUAUUUAACUAUU